CGUCGCUCCCAAAUCGGCGAAUAGAUCGGAGAACACGCCAACGCAGGGGGGCCGGUGUUAGUCAAAGCAAAACCCGUAUUUAACCAGUUUCCCAACGACACUUGCGUCUUUCAUCUUCAACCCCGCCUCCAAUUCUGCUACGAAGCGACAUCUGCAUAUACCUUUGUCCAUUUACCGUGGCCCCACUGUGUAUAAUCCGUACCCUUAUCUACGUUGUCGACAUUUACCGCCAUCAUGUGUUACGGAGCCACUUGUUCAACCUGCUCAAAGAAGACGUGGCGCGGUUGCGGAAGCCAUAUUCCCCAGGCGCUCGCCGGAGUCCCGGAGAGCCAGUGGUGCACCUGCGGACCGCGGACCAAGGUCAACGGCAAGGAGUAUCCGCCUGCGGCCAAAUUUGAGAUUCCCGGAGCGUCAUGGAUUGCCAGCAUGUUCGGGGGAGGCAACAAGGGCGAUGGUAAGGGAAAGGAUGAUUUGUGAGUUGUGAGUUGCGAGUUACUCGGGAUCUGAGCGCGAAUCGCGGCUCAAUUGUAUCGUUCUGGCGUCAUUGGGAAGGGGCAAUGAUCUCUUGGGCAUUGUUCGGAGGUGGCGUGUAAUUUGUUAGUGAGAAGCGGAAAAGCAUGGCAUGGCAUGGCGUGGCGUUGGUGGAGAGUCGUGCCGAAGAUAGGCGGGAGCAGUGCGAAGAAAGAUGUGAACAAAGCGGUAAUACGCGGAUCACUGUGAGCUCUGAGUUGUAAGGACCGCCAGAGAAAACAACGCGUAAUAUUUAAUUGGAUGGCCAUGUGGAUUUACAAAUAAAAACACAAUGGUUGGCUUGUCCCUCAUCAUCUCCAAGCGGAUCGAGGACCAGAGUUGCGGGGAUGGAGAG